UUACCCUCCGGAAGAUUACUCACACAACACACGCACACACACACACACACACACUGGUCAGUCAGUCUGUGCGUAUCCUACCUCGUGUGCGUGUUAGAUAUCCCUCUGGCUGUGUGUAUGUGUGUGUGCGUGUACGUGUGUGGGUGAGCGUGUGCGUCCGUGUAGGCCUCCUCCUCUUCCUCCUCCUCCUCACGGUGCACGGCAUGCCUUCCUCCUCCUCUUCCCUCCUCCACCUCCUCCUCCUCCUCUUCCUCCAUUACGUUAGCGCGCAGGAGAAUCCAAUCCCACCGGUAAUUGACGCAGGGAAGGAGAAGGUGAUUCGAAUCGUGGACCAGGAGUUAUUUGCGCUGCGCUGCGAGGGCUCUCAACCACUGCACUGGAACUGGACUACCAUGCUCCCGGAUGACGCGGCGGCGAUCACAGCAGAGACACAGGCAGAUAAGGAGCGGCCCUUCGUGUCCACCCUUGAGGUCAGCGAGCCAUACCCCGGAGACACUGGCUUCUACCACUGCCAUUACGAUGAUGCUGGGAACUUGGUCACGGACACGGACAGGGCGGCCUCCACGUACGUUUAUAUAUACGACGGGGAGACGACCUUCGUGAAUGGCCAGCCAAGCACCGCGCUGAGGGUUCGGACCAACGAGAAGCUGAUCCUGGACUGCGCCACUACUCUGCCAACCAUCAAAGUCACCCUCACCAAGGACUUCGUCGAUAUCACCUCCAAGGCAUUGUGGGACCCUAAAGUCGGUUUCGUCAUGCGCAACCUUGUGGUCCACGACUCCGGGUUAUACAGAUGCGAGGCGGAGAGAGCAGAGGCCAAGAUGUUUCAUGUGGAGGUGGUCUCUUCGGCGUCCGCAUUGCAUGACCCAAAGAUCGAGGUCAGCCCCAACCAACACUUCGUCCUGGGUAAGCCGUUCACCCUCAACUGUACGUUCGUGAAGGACUCCCUGGAGACAAAUGUGGCCCUUCACUGGAGCUACCCCAACGCCGGAGCUAAUUAUCAGGUCACCAAGUUCGAGAAGGGCGAUGGGCAGGAGAGGCUUGAUAUCAGCAGGCUUUACGUCCCCUCAGCCGCUAGGGAAGACUCUGGAACUUACACCUGCACCGCCUCCGCCCCGCAACACAGCCCCACCAGCGACUCCAGGACCAUCGAAAUCAAGGACAAGAUCAAGCCCUUCGUCAACAUCACCAGCACAGAGUUGAUCACCGCUAAGCAAGGCGACGCGGUUAGCUGGCACGCCGAGGUGAUCGCUUUCCCGCCCAACCCGAAGAUCAUCUACACGGACUGGCGGGGUCACCAGCUGCGCCAGAAUGACAGGCUAAGCAUGUCGUACGACCCUGUCACCGCCAAUGCACGGCUCCGCAUCACCAACGUCACGAGUUACGACUUCGGCCCUCACACCAUCACCGCCACCACCACCAACGCCACCAGCAACGCCUCCGUCACCAUACAAGUCAAGAGCUCUCCGGUAGUGGAUAUCCGUGGUCUUCCCCCCUAUCUGCCCCCUGGGAGACUCCUGCGCCUCACUUGCCUGGCCCAAGGGUUCCCAGUGCCUACCGUGACCUGGGAGUUCGAAUCCUGUCCCAACGGCCCCUCCUUCUGUUCGCUUGUUGAGGAUGCGGUGAGUGAGGAAGGCGAGACCCACCCUUCGCCAGGUAACAUCGUGAUGAGCCAGGUGACACUCCGGCCAUCCAUCUCCGGCAAGCUGAAAUGUACCGCCAACAACAGCUUGAACAGCACUGAAGAGGUGAUGAACGUGGCACUGUCGGAUAUCAAUGGUCUCUUCGUAUUCCGUCACACCGGCCUCACCACCACCACCGACAUCACCACCACCACCACCACCCUCACCGUCAUCACCAAGGACGACUUUGCCCUCCUCUGCGGCGGGAACAAACUCUACUACAAGUCCGUGGAGCUGACUGUGCCCUCUGCGACAGGCCUGGAGAUCAACGGGAGUGAGUCACAGUUCUCGCUACUGAAGGAGGCGACGACAGCGAGCGUGACAAGGGGCCAGGCGGGGAAGUACAUCUGCAGGGGGCAACCACACAACGCUAGCCUGCCCUCGGAGGUGAAGGGCGUCAAUGUGAUAGUCCUUGACGAGGCUCCAGUGACCUUCCUUGAGGACUCCAAUAUGAACAGGAACAAGACGGUCACAGUGAAGGAGAAUCAGCCAUAUUUUCUGAAUUGCACGGUGAAGGGGCGACCGACUCCGACCAUUACGUGGAUGAAGGACGACCAGCCCAUCACACAAGACUCCGAGUUCGUGGACGGCAAGACGACCUUUCUCUCGGAUGACCUGCAGCGCCUCGAACUCAAAUACGUCUUCGAGGACAAACAUGUGGGUGUGUACAAGUGCUCGGCCCAGAACCGGGUGAGCAAGGUGACGGGAACGCUCACCCUGACUGUCCCGGCACCUGGCCUAAGCAGAGAAGGUAAGAUAGGCCUCUCCGCAGCCCUCAUAGGCAUCCUCAUCCUGGCUGCCGUUGUCGUCUUCCUCAUGCGGCGAGUCAAAACCGAGCGGCAGUUUAGAAAGUCCUUCAGGCAGAAUGAACUCUACCUAUUUGAGAAGGGCAACAUCGGACAACUGAACCCAGACUGCGCAGCGGAUGAGCAGGCUGAGUUGCUGCCUUACGGAGAAGAGUGGGAGGUGCCGAGAGAUAGAAUUACAAUCGGCAAACAGCUGGGGUCUGGCGCCUUCGGUCGAGUGGUCAAGGCAUCCGUCACAGGCUUGGAGGGGCCGGCUGCUACCACCGUCGCGAUCAAGAUGUGCAAAAGCCAGGCAGACGCAUCCCAGGUCCGCGCGCUUACCCUCGAGCUCAAGAUAAUGGCACACCUUGGCAAGCACCUCAACAUUGUGAACCUGAUGGGCGCUAACACAGCUCAUAUGGGGAAAGGGGAGCUGUGGAUCCUUGUAGAGUACUGUCGCUUUGGGAAUCUCCUCGUUUUCAUGCAGCGGCAGAGGCGGAACUUCAUCAACCAAAUCAACCCUGAGACCGAACACAUCGACCCAAGUAUAUUGACGCUUGACCACGCCCAUGUGAUGUCCCCACUCUCCCCGCUGUCCCCCGGUGCUAGUUCAUGGCAGGGCACAUCAACAGGGCGUCACAACACAUUCACAGCCACACCAGGGUCACCAAUCACGCUGUCCGCACCUCCUAAGGGUCACCAGGCGCACAACCCCCUCUACAACGCUAACAUGGGGGGGGUGACAAUGGGAGGUGCGUCAGGGAUGAGAGCGGACUUACCAGAGGCGGAGAGCGGAGUGUGUGAUACCAAGGCGAAGCUCCUGAGUAGUGUGAGCAAUAGCGGGUCAGUGGAGAACGCAUACCAUUCUAACCCGACGUCCAAUGCCUCUGUGUCCUCCCGAGCGCCUCUCUCCCCGACAGAGUUUCCAAUGGGUGACACUGGCCUGCUUGACUCCCAUGGGCAGCCCUUCGUACAUGAGGUGGGCAGCGUCCCGGGGGUCAACGCGCCCUUCACCACCAGCGACCUCGUGUGUUGGUCAUGGCAGGUCGCACAGGGUAUGGACUACCUCGCCAGCAGAAGGGUGCUACAUGGUGACCUGGCCGCCCGGAACCUCCUACUCGCUGACGACAACGUGGUCAAAAUCAGCGACUUCGGUCUGUCCCGCGAGAUGUACAAGAAGGACGUUUACAUGAAGAAAGGCGAUGAUCUAAUGCCCGUUAAGUGGAUCUCCCUCGAGGCUAUAAGGGAUCGGAUCUUCAGCGUGCAGAGUGACGUUUGGGCCUUUGGGGUUACGCUAUGGGAGAUCUUUUCGCUGGGCAGCACGCCGUACCCGGGCAUCGAGGUCAACCCAGACUUUAUGAAGCUCCUUGAGGAUGGUUACAGGAUGGAGCGACCCCGAUAUGCCAAUGAGGAGAUAUACAAUAUACUCCUGUCCUGCUGGCGCGCUGAACCCCAAGACCGGCCAUCCUUCAGAGAGGUCGGAGAGGUUCUUGCUGAGAUGAUGAAACCUGAUAUCAAAGAUGAGUACCUCAACAUGAACGACCAGUACAUUCAGAUGAACGAGGCGCGUUUCAAGGAACAGACAGACUACCUCAACAUGUGUGCCCAGCCCCACUAUGAGAACAUGAUGACCACCAGGACUGAGGAUGAUGACACUAAGCCUUCAUUCAUGCAGGGUUUACCAGAGGGACAAACAGAAAUAAGACCAAGACGUGACACCCUAGACUCCACAAUGCGUCUGAACAUGUCCCCAGAAGCUGUCGGAUACUGCAACAUGGGUACCUUCUCCCCCUCCCCGCCCCCUGCCGCCGCUGCCUCUCCCACCCCCUCCUCACAACCCCAUUACCUCCCCAUGCAGUCUACCAGACACUCCCCCAGCCCACAGCCCCCUCCCUUCAGCCCCCAGCUUGAGGAUAAUGUGUUUAGCCCAAGACCUGAGGAUCCGCCAAGAUUCACUUUCCAGCAUGACGAAGGGAACGCCUUGACAGCGGAAACUGAGACCAAGUCCUUCCUGCCAGACACUGAUGAUUCACGGGACAGACGAAUCUCCGAGGACGCAGAGCACACAAAGUUUUUAAUCCACGACAAUUGAGACGGACGUGAACUUUUAGUAUUGCACUCUGUGUCACUGUAAUUUAACGGCCAGCUGUCACACAAGCUCCUUUUUCCUUGGGGUAUAUUCCAUUGCUAUCAGUCGGCCUGGUGAACGCUGGUUUGUGAGUUGGUAAUGACCUGACAAAGAUUACUAUUAGGUUACCGGACUCAACCUUGGCUUGUCUAAGUCACUAGUAUAAUUAUUUACGUUAUAGUCAUUCAUGAGCUUUAUUUUUCACUGUUAGGUUACUGCAUAUCAUUAUUCUACUUAAACAAUACUGCAUAAGAAUUAUAAUACAUGUACUUAUAUUUACUUUUCUAAGCAUGUGUGUGUGUGGUGUGUGUGUGUGUGUGUGUGUGUGUGUGUGUGUGUGUGUGUGUGUGUGUGUGUGUGUGUGUGUGUGUGUGUGUGUGUGUGUGUGUGUGAUACACUUCAAGUUUAUUGUAUGCAGUUGUACACUUACCCUAUUCGGUACUUAAUGUACAAAUUCUUUCAAAAUGAACAAAUUUUGUUGUUAAUUUAAUUGUGCCUUGCCAUGUGGUGUUAUAUGUGUUUGUGUGCCUUGAUGUACUUGGUGAGUGUGCUGUAUGCAUUCCUACAUGUAAGAUAUACAUAGUCCCUACUGUACAAAUUUACUGAUAAUAAACAUUUUGUAUUGUUA